CAUACAAUAUUUUACCAACUUUUGUGCAUCUAAUUCGGUUUAGAUUAUCAUGAAUAACUAAUUAUCAAUGGUAUUCCAGAAGAUGUAACAGCCUUUGUUUCAGAAAAAACGGCAACGUUAUCAUGGUGCUAAUUUAUGACGUCAUAAAUAAACACUCACCGAGAGAGGCAGAACAUCAAUAUUGCCAUGGUAUUUAUUAUGAGUCGCAUGCUCUGUGGUGUUUAAACUCAAUAGUAAAUGCCACAAUGUCAAUGCGACAAUGCCAUGCAAAUGUAAACAUAUCAAAUUACUCUAUAGGAGUGGACAUACUCAUGAUGGGUAGCUUAUCCAUAUCUUAUAAAAUUGAACCAAAUCACUUAUUUUGGAUAUGUACACAAGUUAUCAUCUUUACAGUGAUAUUAUGACACACAAAAUCAAUGAAGGGCAAUACUUGUUUAAAAAAUGUACAUAAGAACAAUAAAAUACAUAUUGACAUCCAGCCAUUAAAAGCAUCAAAGCAUUGAUAUAUUGUAGGAUUUGUAGGUGUGAAAAGGUCAUGAUUAUUAUUUAUGCAUUAUCAUUCAUCAGGGCAAUGGAAAAGAUGGCAGUCCAUUCUGGUUUAUAAAGCCUUCUGCUUUAAUAGGGCUAGCGGUUUCACAUCCAGAUACAUCAAAACAGCUUAUUCGGUAUGGAAGGUACUCAUCAAGAACACCAACACAUCAAAUUAGUGAGCAGGCUGACGGCAAUAAGUGGUUAAAUCACAUGCAUGCUGUUUCAGCUAAAAAAGGAAAUGACCGUCUAUAUACUGGUGAUUUUGCUAAAGAUGUGAUGACCAAUCAAGUCGGAAGAAUUACAAAUUUUUUGCAAGAUUAUGAGGGUGAUAUCAUGUAUGCACAACUGAAUAUGUUUGAAGCUAUGGGUCCAAACAGGUUGAUCAUCACUCAGCAGACCAAGUAUGUGGAACUGGAUCAAUUGGAUGGUAUAGUUGUAAACCAAGGGACUGGAUUUUACUAUUAUGAUGAGGAAAAAAUUGAACUGAAAAUGUUACCUUCCGCUGACAAAGCACAACUCCUUCAGCCCAAUCUGCAUAAGGCAAAUCAACAUACAGUGCAAUGCUUUCCUGUCAAUUUGUUUUUUGAUGACACAAGUGCGAACAAAUCUAAGAAAUGGAAUGCAUUGCACUGUAUUCAGCUUCAGAUGGCUGGAUUACCAGUAGAUGCAAGACAGCAAUCUAAUAACAUUAAAUUUGUGUCGGCAUCUAAUGAAGUUGCCAUGAUGGAAAUGAUUUCAGCUGUUGUUGAAGACCUACAGUGCACAAAAUGUCAUGGAGUGAAAUCUUUUGAUGCCAUAGAUCACAAGGAAAUAGUGGUUACAACCGAAGUAGCAUUGUGUGUCUGUGACUUUGCAAUGAUGGCUGAAGCAUCUAAUCACAUGGGUGCCAAUACUAACAAAUUUUGUCCUCGUUGUAAAGUUGAUAGAUCAGAAAGCCUUGUUCAGGGGGACGAAAGAACCCCAGUACAAACGAAGAGAAUCCUACAGAGGCUGGCCCUUAAUCCAAACAACAAGGAAUUGAAACAGCAACAUGGGUUGAAACACUACCAAAAUGCACUGUGGGAUGUAAUAAAUCCACACUGUGACAUUCCUGUCAGCUUGCUACACUGGAUGUACCUUGGUUUGGCCAAGCACCUCUUAAAGUCUUGCAUGAAUAGUUUGAAUAAGGAUAAAGUGCUGGUCAGUUUGUUGGACAGUAUGGAUCAGUCAUCUUUUAAGGAGAAACUGUCCAACCAAGUCAUUGGAUAUAUUGAUUCACGGCAAGGGAAAGACAUUAAACAUUAUAUACAGAUAGCUCCUUAUCAUAUGAAGAUUGCUGGUCUUCAAAGAAAUAAAGUGAAUCUUAUAUGCAGACUAGCUGAGAUUUGCAGAUACAUUGAGGUGUACACCAUGUAUACAGUGGAGGAUGUUUCACUUCUGAAGGAAAUGUUGAAUACAUACAUCACCUUGUCAUCAAGGAUUUUCCCAGAGUUGUUAAACAAGGUCAAAACCCAUAUGUCCACUCAUGUUGGUGAUGACAUUCUCCGCCAUGGACCACCCUCUUCCUACAUUGAGGAUGCAUUUGAAAAAAUGCAUGGGUUUAUUCGCCAGCAGAUUUUCAACCAGAAUCAACAUGCUAGAAGUCGGUAUACAGCCAGUGCCUUCGCUGAACAGGAGGUCCUGAAACAUGUCAUAUCAGGGGGAUAUUUUCUUCAGCAAGAAGAAUGGACUCAAGCUUCAGAAAAUGUCCAGAAACUGGCAAAAAUACCCACCAUCCAGAAAUAUCUUGGAAGCUCCGGAUCCAAUAACACAGAAAGAAAAGAAUUGGGUGUUUGUUGCAAAGCUGAUAGGACUGCCAAAAAGAAGAUUGUCUGGAAGGAGGUUACAGCUGAAACAAAUCAUGUUGUUGAGCUAGCAACUCAACUAUUCAAAAGGUGUAAUUCUGAGCCAACCAGCCUCGCUACUUUCCAAGCAGUGCGGUGCCAAAAUGGUGAUGUUGUUAAAACAAGCAACCCUGUCUUAUACAUGGACACCAAUGAGGAAUCAAUCGGCAUAUUUGUUGGUGGAUAUGAGGCCAAGGGGUGUCCUGGAGCCCAUGUGGCAAAGAUUCAACUUGUCCAAGAGAUUCUAGGGGAUGAUCAAGAUAUUUCAGCAAAAUAUUCUUCCCGUCCAAGAUUUAUAUAUCUUUCCUCAAAACUGGUUUUGCAAAGUAUUUGUCUUGUGCAUGAUUGUUUAGGUGGGGGUUGUCAUCUACGAGAGGGUAAUGUUACUCUUAAAAAAGAACAACAAGAUGUUACAGUAGCAAAGACGUACUGGCACCACAAUUUGAACCACACUAUCUUCUUCUUAAACAAAUUUCGUUUCACACAUUCCAAAACUAAGUAUUAGAGUUUCAAAUUAUGGUUCUUCUUCCAGUUUCGAUUCUGAAAAGUCUUUCUUUUAACUAUUAUAAGUUACAAUUUUAGUGUUUUGCAAUGAAGUAUUCGACAUAAUGAAAAAGAACAAAAUGCUUCGGGCAAGUGAGUAAAAAUUAAGUAUAUACUAAAAGAUUCAAGAUUAUAUAUGUAACAUAUUAUCAAGUCUUUUUAAUCAUUAUGUGCACAUUAUACAUGGCAAAUUUGCCUGAUUUAGAAAAUAUAAUUAUGCUAUUACAAUAUAUUGAAUUAUGCUGAUAUAUAUAUAAAAUUCAAACUUCAGUGAGCAUUAUAACAUUGAAAUGGUCUUUAAAACAAUUGUGUCAAAUCAUUUAUUAAGUAAGAACAUUUUGCACGCCAAUUUCCUUGCAAAAAGUGAUGUUUAAUAAUGUUUUUCUUUUGGCUAAGAAAAAUCUAAUUUUUUUUGUGUCCAUCAUUUUUAAAAGAUUGAUAUUGAUGGAACUACACUUCUGUAGGUUUUAAUGUAACAAUGAAACCUGAAGUAUAUAUGAAUCUUCCAAAAACUAUGUGAAGUGCAAUAUGAUUAAAUUUGGGCCAAUCAUACUCAUAUAUAGAUUAAAUUAUGAAAAGUUUUUGUUAAUAAGGGGGAGAUAAUUUUUUUUUAAAUCAUAUCUAUAUACGUGUAUAUAUACUUUUCUUGCAUAGAUAUAUUUUCAUAUCUUUUCAAUAUCUUCAAAAUGACGCCGUUUUAAACUAUUGUGAGUCAAAUAUACAAGAAAAGCUACCUAUAAAAACCUGUAUGUUACGUUUCUGAUAAGAAUUAUUAGGGAGCCAUAUGCGGCUAUUGUACAUAUGUAUAUAUUGAUAAUGAGUUGAAGCAAAAUUUAGUGUUGUGUUACUUAUCAAAGGUAAUGCAAUAUUUUCCAAGACUGUUGAACGGCUUAUUGAACUGUUUUUAUUUUUGCAUAAUUAAUUGCACAGCUGUCAUAUGAUUAUACAUUUGUAUCUAAUGCUCAUGCCUCAUGGAGAGCUGUGCAAAUAUUGCUCAUGUCUCUAAUUAUUUGUAUUUCUUAGCUAGCCAAGCUAGGCAUUUUUUUUAAAUGCUUGCUGAUGUCCAUGUUUUUGUUUCUUGUUCGAUUUGUUAAAGCUCUGUUUAAAAAAAAAAAAAGGUAUGAAAUCCGGAUUUACAGGCUCUGUUAAUGGUACCGGUUAUGCAAUUAGUUUUAUUCAAUGGCGCCAGCUAUUCAGACACUACGAUCAGUGUGAGUAGAUAUUGAGACCUGUAAUGUAAUCUAUGACAAAAUAAUUUACCAUGCUACACCAUGGUUACAAUGUAUGCAUUGCAAAGUGGAUGUGUUUCAGGGAUCGUGCUCAUAAAGUCAUAAUUCUUGUCUCAGUUGCAGCCAGCUGGCUGUGGAUUAUGGGUUACUGACAUAAUGUCUAGAUGCCAUAAUCAUAAUAUUUAUCAAAUGAUGUAGGGCUAUAUGUUAACUUGUUUAUGUGUAUAUAUCUUGUCAAUAUCUUUAUGAUCAUUAAGUGUUGAUUGUCAAUUUAUAACUAAUGAAGUCAACACCUUCUUAGCUACUGUAAAUAAAAAAAAAAUGGUAUUAGUCUAUUUUAUGCUUUAUGGCUUCUUUAGCCUAAGUAACAGUCAAUUUUGUCAAAUUUAACAACAUUGGUGUAUACCAGAAAUGUUCUGCUAUAUUGACCUGGUAAUCUUGAUAAUUUGAUUUUAUUCAGGAAAAGAAAUACACAUGUACAGUAUAUGACUAUAUAUGUAUUCAUGUUUCUUAAUCUUUACCAUUUGAUUGAAGUUAUGUAUAAAUCUUAAAAUUAUUUUUUAAGUUCAAAAGAAUUUGUCCAAAUAGUAUAUAUUGGGUUUUUUUUGGUUGCAUGCACAUGUACCUGCAUGCCGAACUUAUGCCUAAUGUAAAAUUUAAAACAAUAAAAAAUAUCCCACUUGAAAA